AGAAAAGAAAAAAAGAAAAUGACAGUCUUAUUCACAACCAUACGUUUUUAUUUUAAAAAAAUAAAAGAAAAAUAAAAAUGCUUGAAAGGCCGUAGAUGUCACUACAAUUAAAAAAAAAAAAAGGAAAAUGAAGGGCUUUAAAAGGGCCAGAAGCUUAAUGGAGAAGAAAGUGGGGUCGAGCAUUCGAUAUGUCAACGUGGCCAAACCGUGUUUAGAUUUAAUUAAGGAAGGCUAUUUAAAAUAAUAUAGAAGUGACGGAGAAACUAAAAACACUCUCUUCUUCUGUUAAUAUAAACAAGAAGGCAAACCUUUUCUCCUCUCGUCUCUGAUUUCCUUCUCUCCGCAUCUAGUUUGCUCCGUCGGACUUGCCGGCGAACAGCCGUCUGUCAAUUCUCUUUCGGAAUUCUCUAUUCUCUAUAUCCUCUCUUCUUUUAUCUCUCUCUCUCUCUCUCUUCCAUGCCAUCAUAUAAUGUCUUUUCAUGUUUUUCUUUUUAAACUUUACUUUCUCUUCGAAAAGGGGAAAAAAAAAAAAAAGUUAGACGUCUUUGAAUUUAUUUCCUUCAAAAGCUGUUACCAACUGCUUCUGUUUUGUUUCAUUGUAUUCCUCUUUGGAAUCCAACCAAACCCGUUAUAAUGUUGGGGAUGGUCUGGAACUCGUUUAUUCUUUUGAUUUUAAUCUUUGGUUUGUUGUUUUUGAUUCGAGUGCUUUUAUUUAAAACCGGGUUGAUAUACGUUACCAAGAAAUGGUGGAGAGUGAUCGAAGAUUGUUUUCAUGUGUAUCAAUUCUUCAAGGUUCCAGAAUUCAACGAAAAUAUGCAAGAGAAUCAGCUGUAUCGCAAAGUUUAUAUUUAUUUAAAUUCUUUAACUUCCAUUGAAGACUCAGAUUUCACCAACCUUUUCACCGGGAAAAAGUCAAAUGAAAUCGUCCUCGGUCUCGAUCCUAACCAAACCAUUGAAGAUGAUUUUCUUGGAGCUCGAGUUUCUUGGAUAAACCAAGAGAAGAACGACACAAAUACUUGCAAAACCUUCGUCUUGAAGGUGAGGAAAGCUGAUAAGCGAAGAAUUCUGCGUCCUUAUCUUCAACACAUACACACAGUAUCCGAUGAGCUCGACCAGAAAAAGAAAGAUUUGAGACUCUACAUAAACAUCCAAAAUCAUCACCGUAGCCAAGAGGGACGGUGGAGAUCUAUCCCCUUCACUCAUCCCUCAACUUUCGAGACGAUUGCCAUGGAGUCUGAUCUCAAAAACAAGGUAAAAUCUGAUCUUGAGUCAUUCCUUAAAGCGAAACAAUUCUAUCAUCGACUAGGCCGUGUUUGGAAACGAAGCUUCCUCUUAUACGGUCCUUCAGGUACAGGAAAAUCAAGCUUUGUGGCAGCCAUGGCUAAUUUUUUAGGCUACGAUGUUUACGACAUCGAUCUUUCAAGAGUCUCAGAGGAUUCAGAUCUCAACAUGCUUCUGUUGCAAACAACGAGCAAGUCUGUGAUCCUAAUCGAGGACCUUGAUCGAUUUUUGGCUGAUAAAUCGACGGCGGUGAGCUUAUCCGGGGUACUAAACUUCAUGGAUGGGAUAUUAAACUCUUGCUGUCUGGAAGAGAGGGUAAUGGUCUUUACAAUGAACAGCAAAGAGCUUAUUGAUCCGGCUCUGCUUCGCCCUGGACGCAUAGAUGUGCACAUCCAUUUUCCAUUAUGCGAUUUCUCAGCUUUCAAAACAUUAGCAAACAGUUAUUUGGGACUUAAAGAUCACAAAUUGUUUCCCCAAGUAGAGGAGGUUUUCCAAAGUGGGGCGAGUUUGAGUCCAGCAGAGAUUGGUGAGUUAAUGAUAGCCAACAGGAACUCGCCUAGUCGGGCCCUGAAAUCGGUGAUCACAGCUUUGCAAACAGACGGUGAUGGCAGAGGGUCUUCCAGUAUCGGACGACGGUUGUAUAACACUUGGUCAAGGAAAUCAUCGGACGAAACGGGUGAUUCCGGUUCAAUGUUUAGGGAAAAUACUGUCAAGGAGAUCAAAAAGCUGUACGGUUUGUUGAAGAUUAAGAGUAGCAGAAAAACUCAACCGUUUGAUUUGUCUACAGAGCAAAAGGAGGGAUGAUCGUGCGGUGGAUAUCCGAGUCACGUGUCUCAAUUGUAAAUCCAGAAUUGUGGAUGAAAUAUAUUCACGGAUGCUCUGGCAAUUGUGGCCAGAAGGGCGUAAAAAUUACACACGGCAAAAGAUUAGCGUAGUUAGUCGGUCCUUGUUGCUUUAAUGUUUUGCUGAUAGGUAAAAUAUUUAGUGUAUUUAAUUUAUUUGGUCUUAGCAGCGUAAGAUUAAUGGUUUAUGCUUUUAUGGAUAGCGUUGUGGUGACAAUACCGGCUUCCAAAACGGUUCUUUUUGACGAAUUUUUGGUUGAAUUUGAUCAUGUAUAUAGUAUUAGAUUGAAAAAAAAAAAUCUUCAUGAUUUUGUUAUCAAGAUACACACUAGAAUA